AUGUCUACGAAUUUAUCAAAAAAAGAUAAAAAAGAUAUUGGUUGGAAGUAUUGUUAUCAAAAUGAAGGGGAAAAAGCUGUUCGGUGCAAAUUUUGUCAUCAUAUAUCGAAUGGAGGGAUUACUCGCUUGAAGGAACAUUUAGCUCAAACUCAUAAAGGGGUUGCACCUUGUGUUAGUGUUCCGGAUGAUAUUAAGAAAGAAAUUAGAGAAUCACUUGACAAAAUUAGAGCAUCUAAAAGUAAACAAACUGAAUUGUUACGAGAGAUCGGUGAAGGUCCCCAAAGUAUGAGUACGCAAUCAUCAAAAGUUGGAAGUGUAGGGGGAAAUUCAAUUGGAUGUUCUGGUAGUGGUGAAUCAAAAGGUAAAGGUACUCUUCAUGGGUUUGUUAGUUCCGAACCUCGACAAACAACCCUAAAUUCGACAUACAAAAAAGAUUUGUUGGUUGAUGUGAAGCGUAGAAUUGGUCGUUUUAUUUACUCUGCCGCACUUCCGUUUAAUGUUGUGAAUGAUCCUUAUUGGCUGCCUAUGGUUGAGGGCAUUGCGGAAUAUGGAAGAGGGUUCAAGCCUCCUUCAAUGCAUGAGUUAAGAACUUGGAUACUUAAAGCUGAGGUUGAUGGCAUCAACCUAAUAUAUGAGGAGCAUAAAAAGGCAUGGAAAAAAUAUGGAUGCACUAUUAUGUCCGAUGGUUGGACGGAUGGAAAGAAUAGAAGUUUGAUCAAUUUUUUAGUAAAUAGUCCCGCCGGCACUUUCUUUUUGAAAUCUAUUGAUGCAUCAGAUUCUAUUAAAAAUGGGGAAUUGAUCUUUAAAUAUCUUAAUGAUGUUGUUGAUGAGGUGGGAGAGGAAAAUGUAAUUCAAAUUGUCACGGAUAAUGCUUCGAAUUGCAUUAAGGCGGGGAAAAAAAUUAUGGAGACUAGACAUAGAAUUUGGUGGACACCUUGUGCGGCGCAUUGCAUUGAUCUAAUGUUGGAGGAUAUUGCAAAGUUGAAGAUUUUUUCUGAUACAAUUGAGCAUGCUAAGAUGGUUGUGAAGUUCCUUUAUGGUCAUGGGACUAUACUUUCUUUGAUGAGAAAGUAUACAAACGGUAAAGAAAUUCUCCGUCCCGCUGUUACUCGCUUUGCUACUUCAUUUCUCACUCUUCAGAGUAUGUAUAAGGUUAAAAGGCCACUUGAACAAAUGUUUGCUUCAGAAGAUUGGGUUAGUUCACCACUAUCUCAAACAACUCAGGGGAAGGUCGUGAAGAGAAUUGUUAUUAAUGAUCCCAACUUUUGGCCACAUGUUGCAUUUUGUGUUAAGAGUGUUGUUCCUCUUAAAAUACAAACCCAUUUGGAAAAAAUUGAUUCACGAUGGACUCCACAACUUCAUCAUCCUCUACACGCGGCCGGGUACUAUUUGAAUCCACAAUUGCGUUAUGAAGAAAGAUUUUCUUAUUGUGAUGAAGUUAGAGAUGGAUUGUAUACUUGCAUGGAUAGGAUGUUGUCUUCUGAUGAUCGUCUUAAAGCAGGCAUCCAAUUGGACUUAUAUGAUAAAGCUGAAGGAGAAUUUGGAACUCCAAUAGCAAAACGAACAAGAAUGUUGCGAACUCCGGGUAAAAUUUUCUUCUUGUAA